AGAUCCCUUCAUAAACGGCUGAUCACUAUGCCAGAACUCAAUGCUAAAGUCACCAAGACACUGAACAAAACCACACCUGGGCUCCAGAUAUGGAGAAUUGAGAACAUGGAGAUGGUGCCUGUACCACCCAAAACAUAUGGGAACUUCUAUGAAGGGGAUGCUUAUGUGCUUCUCUCGACACACAAGACUUGGAACAACUUCUCCUAUGACAUCCACUAUUGGCUGGGCAACUCAUCAUCUGUGGACGAGCAGGGUGCAGCUGCCAUCUACACUACCCAGAUGGAUGAUCACCUGGGAGGGACAGCAGUGCAGCACCGGGAGGCCCAGGGCCAUGAGAGUGAGGUCUUCCGGGGCUACUUCAGAAAUGGACUCAUAUAUAAGAAAGGGGGAGUGGCCUCAGGCAUGAAACACGUGGAGACCAACACAUACAACGUGCAACGGCUGCUGCAUGUCAAGGGCAAGAAGAAUGUGGUGGCUGCAGAGGUGGAGAUGAGCUGGAGCAGUUUCAACCAAGGCGAUGUGUUCCUGCUGGACCUGGGCAAGCUCAUCAUCCAAUGGAAUGGUCCUGAGAGCAACCGCAUGGAGCGUCUGAAGGGGAUGACUCUAGGGAAGGAUAUCCGUGAUCAUGAGCGUGGAGGUCGAGCACAGAUAGGUGUGGUGGAUGGUGAGGCUGAAGCUGCUUCUCCUGGGCUGAUGAAAGUCUUGACCUACGUACUGGGGCAGAAGAAGGAAAUCCAGCCGGCCAUCCCAGAUGCUGUGGUGGACCAGAAGCUGAAAUCUUCUCUGAAGCUCUACCAUGUCUCUGAUGUAGAAGGCAACCUGCUCAUUCAGGAAGUUGCUAUCCAGCCCCUUACCCAGGACCUCCUGAACCAUGAGGACUGCUACAUCUUAGACCAGUGUGGUGUAAGGAUCUAUGUAUGGAAAGGCAGGAACUCUAGCAAGGAAGAGAAGCAGCAAGCCAUGACACGGGCCCUGGGUUUCAUCAAAGCUAAGAACUAUCCACCUACCACCGGUGUGGAAACUGAAAAUGAUGGUUCUGAAUCUGCAGUGUUUAAGCAGCUCUUUCAAAGAUGGACUGUCCCCAACCAGACCGCUGGCUUUGGCAAGACCAGCUCAGUUGGUAAAGUGGCCAAAGUGGAGCAGGUGAAGUUUGAUGCCACCACUUUGCACGCCAAGCCUGAGAUGGCUGCCCAGCACAGGAUGGUGGAUGAUGGCUCUGGAGAGGUGCAGGUCUGGCGAAUUGAGAACUUGGAGCUGAUGCCAGUGGAGAGUCGCUGGCUUGGGCAUUUCUACAGUGGUGACUGCUACCUCAUCCUUUACAAGUACCAAGUUUACAAUAAGAUCCACUACAUCAUCUAUAUUUGGCAGGGCCGCCAUGCCAGCCAGGAUGAGAUCACUGCUUCUGCUUACCAGGCUGUUAUUCUGGACCAGCAGUAUAAUAAUGAGCCUGUGCAGGUGCGAGUGACCAUGGGCAAGGAGCCUGUCCACCUCAUGGCCAUUUUCAAGGGGCGCAUGGUGGUAUACGCAGGUGGCACCUCACGAGCUGGCAACACAGACCCAGCACCCUCCACCCGCCUUUUCCAAGUUCAUGGGACCAACGAGUACAACACCAAGGCCUUUGAGGUUGCUCCCCGUGCCACCUCCCUCAACUCCAACGAUGUCUUUCUUCUCAAAUCGCAGACUUGCUGCUAUCUCUGGUAUGGGAAGGGCUGCAGUGGAGAUGAAAGGGAGAUGGCCAAGGCUGUGGCUGACCUCCUCUCCAAGAUGGAGAAAGUGGUGAUAGCUGAAGGCCAGGAGCCUGCUGAAUUCUGGCUUGCACUGGGUGGAAAGACUCAAUAUGCCAACAACAAAAGGUUACAGGAAGAAACCCUCUCCAUCAUGCCUCGACUCUUUGAAUGUUCCAAUAAAACAGGCACCUUCCUUGCUACAGAAAUUCCAAAUUUUACUCAAGAUGACUUAGAAGAAGAUGAUGUCUUCUUGCUGGACGUCUGGGAUCAGGUCUUCUUCUGGAUUGGCAAAGAGGCAAAUGAGGCGGAGAAGGAAGCAGCAGUGAUCACUGCCCAAGAGUACCUGCACAGCCAUCCAAGUGGCCGUGACCUUGAUACCCCUGUAGUCAUUGUGAAACAAGGCUGUGAACCUCCAACAUUCACAGGCUGGUUCCUGGCGUGGGAUUCCCUCAAAUGGACUGAUAAGAAAACCUAUGAGGAACUGAAAGCUGAACUUGGAGACGACAGCAGCCUCAGCGAUCUCACUUCAGUAAGUGUCACAGAAAUUUUCACUGCCAACACUAAUUUUGCCAAGCUGUCAAUUGGUACAUACCCGCCAGAGCAACUGGUGAACAAGCCUGCAGAAGAACUACCCAAGGAUGUGAAUCCCAGCAGAAAGGAGGAUUACUUGUCAGAGGAAGAUUUUGUUACUAUCUUUGGAGUAUCUCGACAGGACUUUGCUACACUACCCCAGUGGAAACAACAGGCUCUCAAGAAAGAAAAAGGACUCUUCUGA